AUGGGCGCAACACAACUCGAGAAGGAAGACAAGGAGCGCGAUGCUGCCUUCAAGGAAGCCCUCCACGGCAAAAGCGCCCAACGAGGCACCUGGUCCGCCAUGCUAAGCAAGAACAAGGACGCCCAAAAAGCCGCCGUCGACGAAUACUUCAAGCACUGGGACAACAAGGGCCACGAAGACGAGACGGAGGAAACCCGCAAGCAGCGCCGCGACGAGUACGCAACCCUCACCCGCCACUACUACAACCUCGCAACCGACCUGUACGAGUACGGCUGGGCACAAUCCUUCCACUUCUGCCGCUUCUCCAAGGGCGAGCCUUUCCGCCAGGCAUUGGCUCGACACGAACAUUACCUCGCCCUGAAGAUGAACCUGCAAGAGGGACAGCGAGUUCUUGAUGUGGGAUGUGGUGUGGGUGGACCAGCGAGGGAGAUUGCCAAGUUCUCUGGUGUGAAUAUUGUUGGGUUGAACAACAACGAUUACCAGAUCGAGCGCGCGACACGGUAUGCGGAGAAGGAGGGUCUUUCGAAUCAGCUCAGCUACGUCAAGGGCGAUUUCAUGCAGAUGAGCUUUCCGGACAACAGCUUCGAUGCCGUCUACGCGAUUGAGGCGACGGUGCAUGCGCCUUCCCUUGAGGGCAUCUACAGCGAGAUCUUCCGCGUGCUGAAGCCGGGUGGUGUGUUUGGUGUGUACGAGUGGCUCAUGACGGACAAGUACAACAACGAUGAUCUGCACCACCGCGAGAUUCGCUUGGGAAUUGAGGAAGGUGAUGGAAUCUCGAACAUGGAGAAGAUCGAGGUGGCGCUGGAGGCGAUGAAGGCAGCUGGCUUCGAGCUGGAAGAGCACGAAGAUCUCGCAGACCGACCGGACGAGCUGCCAUGGUACUGGCCGUUGUCUGGUGAGCUCAAGUACAUGCAGAGCGUGUGGGACUUGCCAACGCUGGUCCGCAUGACCCACAUCGGUCGUGGUCUGGCGCACAGAUUCGUCGGUGGUCUUGAGAUGAUUGGGCUGGCGCCACGGGGUACGCAGAAGACGGCAGAUUCGCUGGCUAAGGCUGCUGAUUGCUUGGUCGCGGGUGGUAAGGAGAAGCUGUUCACGCCCAUGUACCUUAUGGUGGGCAGGAAGCCGGCGAAGUGA